GCCAGAGAGGGCGCGCAUGCGAGCACAGUGGCGGGUGUCAGAAAAGAGGAGGUGCGUGGUGUGAUACGCAUCUCUCAUUUGAGUGUGUUGUAUGUGUGGAGGGGAAGCGCAACACACGUUGUGAUAUUCGCACUUCUAAACUGAGCUAGAACCAACUUUAUUUCCCCUUCUUUCGCUUUCCUCGAGCGGAGGAGGUCGUUCCGGAGUUUUUGUUUCAGCAGUAAGAAGGCAAAUCCUCGGCUGUGGGGGAAUAAUGUCGGCGUCGGCGGCGAAAGUGAGCCGAAAGGAGCAGAACUCGAAUCACGACGGAGCGGACGAGACCUCGGAAAAAGAGCAACAGGAGGCAAUUGAACACAUUGAUGAAGUACAGAAUGAAAUCGACAGAUUGAAUGAGCAGGCGAGUGAGGAAAUUUUAAAAGUAGAGCAGAAGUACAAUAAGCUACGUCAGCCAUUCUUCCAGAAGAGAUCAGAACUCAUAGCCAAAAUUCCAAACUUCUGGGUCACAACAUUUGUCAACCAUCCACAAGUCUCAGCCUUGCUCGGUGAGGAGGAUGAAGAAGCACUUCAUUACCUGACCAGAGUGGAGGUCACAGAGUUUGAGGACAUCAAAUCAGGUUACAGAAUAGAUUUUUACUUUGAUGAAAAUCCAUACUUUGAAAACAAAGUCCUCUCAAAAGAGUUCCACUUGAAUGAGAGUGGUGACCCAUCUUCAAAAUCCACUGAAAUCAAAUGGAAGGCUGGAAAGGACCUGACGAAGCGUACUGGACAGACACAGAACAAGGCAGGGAAGAAACGGCAACAUGAAGAGCCAGAGAGCUUCUUCACCUGGUUUACCGACCACUCUGACGCAGGGGCUGAUGAACUCGGGGAGGUCAUUAAAGAUGACAUCUGGCCCAACCCCCUGCAGUACUACCUGGUCCCUGAUAUGGAUGAUGAAGAGGGUGAGGGUGAAGAGGAUGAUGAUGAGGAAGAGGAGGAGGGUUUGGAGGACAUUGACGAAGAGGGGGAUGAGGAUGAAGGAGAGGAAGACGAAGAGGAGGACGAUGGAGAAGAUGGUGAGGAUGAUGGGGAGGAUGACUAAAGGCUGAUAAGGACAUAUUCCAUCACUUGUACCUGUUCUUUCCUUUUUGAAGUCAUCCUCCAACCAUGGGAGCAAAAAAAAGCUUUUUUAUUUUUAUUUUUUUUAUUUUGUGCUCCAUGUUCUGUUCUACUGAAGCCUCUCCUGUCCUGACCAUGUCUAAACCCAGUUAAUUCCCUGGACAUACAAUACCUGCAUUGGAAAACUAGUGGCAUCUCGUUGCUGAAGCCUCUUGCGUCAUCUUUAAUUACAACCAUCUCCAAAGACAAAUACAAAAUAUUAACAAUCUGCACGUCAUCCUCUGUAGACUAAACUGAAGUAAAUAGCAGUUUAUAUAUUAAGUAUAUAAAUGAAUUUUUUUUUUUUUCUGUGAAUGGUUGUGAAUUGAAGUAAUAAGCCAUGGUGCAGUGAUCUAAUCAUAGCGUACAUACCUAGCCACUUUUUUCUUUUUCUUCUUUUUUUUUUUUUGUAUAUUUUCUUUAAUGCAGAGGUGGGCCCCAAAGAGUUGACACUGUUUUUCCUAUGUGAUAUAUUGGACAAAAGGAAAGCACCAGCUAGCUCCUGUCACCUCUUGUAAAUGAUUUGGGGUCAAUAUCAGGGUAUGGCAGUUAUUAUUGUUGACAGUUCAGUGGGGUCGGGUGGGGCAAGCGGGCAUUUGACACAUCAACAUUUGGGUUUAUGUUGAUUGACUUUUCAUUGUAAUGUUUUACAGACACCCAUGAGGUUUGAAACAUUUUUAAUAAAAAUAAAACACAAAAAAACUUCCUCUUGUAAUUUUGAGCUUGGCUAAUUAAAGGAUUAUUUAAAUGAGAUAAUAAAGCCUGUAGAAUCUUAAAGAACUCUA